AUGGGCAGGCUCACAACUGGCCCACUGGUCUGGUCAUGCAUCAGACAGCAUGUUGUGUCUCAUAAGAGGGUCCUCUUCAGUACUGCUUCUCCGCUCUUGAAGAGUCCUCGAAAACCAACCAGGAGUCCACCAAUUCAAGUUGUCCACCACAAAUAUCAACAACACCAGCAGCAACGCCUGGCCCAGGAACAUGCCACAUCCGACAGUCAAGAACUGGUCCCUCUUCCCGACCAAGAAACCGCAGUAGAGACUGCUCCCAGGGUCAACGUACCUCUGCGAGUAAUUCCGAAAGCUCAGGUCGCUCCCAAUCUCAGACUCACCCCGAAAGAAAGACUGCAUAUUGAGCAGCUCACAAGGGUCACACCUCGACCAUCCGCACCACCAGUGUAUAAGAGACGGUUGCGCAUUUACAGUGCAGGCAAUCCUCGCAUAUACUUCAUCAUCAUCUCUCGCUUUGCCGCUGUGUGUGCCUUGAGCUUCUCCACGGUCUUGUUUGUCCCAGCCUAUAUUGCUGCUGGCACUCCGUUAUAUGUUGUAGCUGGAGGUAAACUUCCCCUUGGAUUUUCGACUGAAGAAUCUUUGCUCAUUCAAUUAGCUUGGCUUGCAAGCGCUGGCACUUUCGCCUAUGUCAAUUGGAGUUUGCGUCCCUUUGUCACCGAAGUGUUCCUGCAGCUGCCCGAAUACGCUCAGAGUACUCCAAAGGCCGCAAUGGAAUAUGCAAAGAAACUCCCAGAUCAGGCUAUGCUGGAUAUCAGAUUCCUUAGAUUGACUGCCAUCACUGAUGUUGUCUCGUUGAGAUUGUCUCAGACAAUGCCUGCUCGAAGUAUCUUCAGACCUGUAUCGUUCGAAUGGAUGGCCGCCUAUGUCCAAGCUAGUCGUUUUUGGAAGCCAACCCCUACUCAAUUCUAUGUUCGAACUGAGUCUGCGAAAGGCAGAGCGGCUCGAAACACGACCCCAGGCAUAUGGAGCAAAGUCUAUGAAAGACUUACGGGAGUUAAGCCUGAUGCAAGGUCAAGAUGGCAACGUUGA